AUGUUGGCGGUCUGCGACGGAGGGGCAGUGCUCAGCACCGCCCACUUUCGGGUGUACCAAGAUGGCGGCUGUUCCGAGCAUGCGCACUGCAAACAGGAGGGAGGAGGAGCCACGGAAGAACCGAGGAGAGACUUGCGCUUGUCUGCCCCCGUCCACAGCGACCACCUCACGGCGUGUACCGGUGCUGGUGCCAUCAUGGAAGGAGGCCUGGCCAGGAUAGUGUGGAGCCCAGACCUGGAGGCCUCUUCCUCCCCCUUCGUCACCGACCUGGAGGUGAAGAUCGGCUCAUUGGUUACCUUACUUCUCCUCACUCUCAUCAGCGGCCUCAUCCCCCUCUUCCUCCUCCGACGUCAGGGGAGCAGCGACAUCUUGAGUACCCGUCACAGAGCGUUAAGCUUGAUCAGUUGUUUUGCCGGCGGCGUCUUCCUGGCAACCUGUCUGCUGGACCUGCUGCCUGACUACCUCUCCAGCAUCGGUGAGGCGUUCAGCAAGCUGAAUAUAACGCUCCAGUUCCCGCUUCAGGAGUUCAUCUUGGCCAUGGGGUUCUUCCUGGUUCUGGUCAUGGAGCAGAUCGUGCUGAGCUACAAGGACCAGCCGGGCUGGUCAGAAGAGACGCACUCCCUCCUGGCCUCGGAGGUCCGCCACUCUGGCCCAGACCAGCCGCACGUGCAUGUGGAUGUCAACGCACACUCGGCAGUGCGUGCGGUCAUCCUGGUCGUGUCGCUCUCUCUGCAUUCCAUCCUGGAGGGCUUGGCGGUUGGCCUCCUGCGGGAGAGCGGGAAGGUCCUUGAGACCUGUCUGGCACUCCUCAUCCACAAGUGCAUCAUCUCCUUCAGCUUGACCUUAAAGUUGGGCCAGGGCCGCCUGCGCCCUCGGGUCAUCCUGGUUUGCCUUCUGCUCUUCUCCUUUAUGACUCCUCUGGGCAUCGGCCUUGGCGUGGCCCUGACGGAGUCUUCCAACCCCUUGCACCAACUUGCUCGCAGUGUCCUGGAGGGCAUCGCCACCGGCACCUUCUUGUACAUCACCUUCCUGGAGAUCCUCCCUCACGAACUGAAUUCUGGCGACCAGCGCAUCGGCAAGGUUAUAGUGAUGCUGUGCGGCUUCUCGGUCAUCACCGCCAUCUUGUUUAUCAAGAUCUAGGAUGGAUUGUCUACAGGAUGUCUCUGUCUCGCCC